CAAGACGGACAUUUGAAAGGCGAUAGGGACUUUGACUCUUGGAUUUUCAUACGAUGGUAUCAGUAACACACUGAGGUUGUCCUGCUGUUUUUUUUUUCUUCUUUUCAAAUUGCGUGCGGUUUCUGAGAUCGGAUUCCUGAUGGAUAACGUACUCAAUCAACCGAUCGACUUGCCUGUUGCAGCUUCCAACACGGAGUGAGAAUCGCAUUGAGGCUGAAGCAUUUUUUCUCCCGCUGUACUGCUCGUCUGCUCUCUGUGAUAUCCAAGUGGAGCGGGGAGUGAGAGAGAGAAAGAAAACGUGUCUUCUCUUCAUCUUCAGAGCUACCUUUUUUCUUCACUGUCUGAUUUUUUGUUUGAAAAGUGCCGAUCUAUGUCAGCCUUCUGAAAGCGCCCCAGGUACCGUGUAGGGAAGCGCCGCUAUCAAAGAAGAGCGGACCAGCUCGGAAUCUCUGGGGCUAGAGACGAACUCCUCAGCAUAUCCCCCUCCUUUAAACAAGCAUGCCGCGGAGGAAACAGCAAGCGCCCAGGCGCGCGUCAGCAUAUGUCCCUGAAGAGCUGAAAGAGGCUGCCCUCCUUGAUGAAGAUGUGGAUGGAGAGGACUCUGCCAUUGAGGAGGAGUCUGGUGUCAAGUUUGUGUGCCAGGACAAGGACUUCAUCCUCAAGGACUCCCCUGUCGCAGACUUCUCCAGUCAUGAGAUGGACAGCGAGUCGCACCUCAGCGAGUCCAGUGACCGCAUGUCCGACUUUGAGAGUGCAUCAAUCAAAAAUGAGGAGGACAUCGUGGUCAAGGAACCCCUCAUCUCCAUUUCAUCGACCCCCUCCAUGAUGAUGGCCACAGCAGCAGCGGCAGCCGCCACCCUCACCGGAGAGGAGCCCACGGUGUCCGGCCCAAACAGUCUGGAGCAGAUGAAGGCCAUCUACAACAGCUUCCUCACCAGCUCCUACUGGUCCUCCCUGAACCUGAACCUCACCCAGCCUCCAGCAGAGAAGCCUGCUCGCAGCCACAGCAGCAGCAGCAGCAGCAGCAGUAGCAGCAGCAGCUGUGGGAGUGGAGGCUAUGACUGGCACCAGUCGGCAGUGGCCAAGACCCUACAGCAGGUCUCCCAGAACCAGAACCGUAUGAUCCACCCGGCUGCAGAACCCAACCUCUUCAGCACUGUGCAGCUCUACCGCCAGAGCACCAAGCUCUACGGCUCUAUCUUCACAGGUGCCAGCAAGUUCCGCUGUAAGGACUGCAGUGCUGCUUACGACACACUGGUCGAACUCACCGUGCACAUGAAUGAGACCGGUCAUUACCGUGACGAUAACCAUGAGACAGAUAGUGAGGGGACCAAACGGUGGUCUAAGCCCCGCAAGCGCUCGCUCUUAGAGAUGGAAGGCAAGGAGGAUGCCCAGAAGGUUCUGAAGUGCAUGUAUUGUGGCCACUCCUUUGAGUCCCUCCAGGACUUGAGUGUGCACAUGAUCAAGACGAAACACUACCAGAAAGUGCCUCUCAAAGAGCCUGUGACCCCAGUGGCUGCCAAGAUUAUUUCCUCAGCUCGCAAGAGAGCCCCGAUUGAGCUUGACCUCCCCAGCUCUCCAGAUUCCAAUGGAGGAACCCCUAAACCGGCUGUGACAGACUCCAACGACCUCCUGCACAAGGGCUCCAAUCCUUACAUCACUCCCAACAACCGGUAUGGGCACCAGAAUGGAGCCAGUUACGCUUGGCAGUUUGAGUCUAGAAAGUCACAGAUCCUGAAGUGCAUGGAGUGUGGAAGCUCCCACGACACACUGCAGGAGCUCACAGCCCACAUGAUGGUGACCGGACACUUCAUUAAGGUCACCAACUCGGCCAUCAAGAAGGGCAAACCGAUCAUGGAGUCUCCCCCAACACCAGUACCUACUGUCAUGCCCACCUCUGGGGAGGAGAAGGUGCAGUCUGUGCCACUGGCUGCCACAACAUUCUCCCCACCACCACCACCACCGCCACCCCCUCCUCCGGCCAGCAUCUCUCCAGUUGUCGCCAUGGAGAUCAAAAAGGAGGAGAAAGAGGAGGAGUGCACUAAGGAAACCACUUGCAGCUCAAACAACAAAGAGAAGAAGAAUGGUGAGGAUGAGGUAGAAGAAAAGUUUGAUGUCUCCUCGAAAUAUUCCUACUUGACAGAGGAGGACCUGGAGGAGAGCCCCAAGGGAGGCUUUGACAUCCUCAAGUCACUCGAGAACACUGUGACAUCUGCCAUCAACAAAGCACAGAAUGGCACUCCAAGCUGGGGAGGAUAUCCCAGCAUUCACGCUGCCUAUCAACUGCCCAACAUGAUGAAGCUCUCCCUGGGCAGCUCCGGCAAGAGUUCACCUUUGAAGUACAUGUUCUCUGGAAAUGAUAUUCUGUCCGCAACCAAAAACCAACCUCUGAUCUCUCCACCCAGCAGCCAAAACUCACCACUUCCCAAGAGCAAUUUCCAUGCCAUGGAAGAACUUGUGAAGAAAGUCACUGAAAAGGUGGCGAAGGUGGAGGAGAAGAUGAGGGAACCUCCAGCCAGAGCAUCACCCUUAAGAAGAACCACCCCCUCACCAUGCAGCAGUGAAGCCGGGGAGUCGGCCAAGGGGGAGUCCCCCAAAGAAAGGCGAGGAGCCAAAACUCCCGAGAGCACUGGAGCAGGAGCCACUCAUAAGGAGACAAACGGUGAGACCCACACUAAAGAGCCCAUGGAGAACGGAACUGACCACAAAGUGAAAAGUCCCGUUUCCUCGUUGUGCAGCAGCACAGCUAUUAUCACAGAGCACCCUCCAGAGCAGCCGUUUGUCAACCCUCUAAGUGCGCUUCAGUCCGUCAUGAAUGUCCAUCUUGGCAAAGCAGCCAAACCAGCCCUGCCCUCCCUGGACCCGAUGAGCAUGCUCUUCAAAAUGAGCAACAGCUUGGCCGAAAAGGCAGCGGUGGCAGCCUCCACCCCGGCCCAGACCAAAAAAUCAAACGAGCACUUGGACCGCUACUUCUACCACGUGAACAAUGACCAGCCUAUCGACCUGACCAAAGGCAAGAGUGACAAGAGCAGCUCCUUGGGAUCAGCAGCCCUGUCGUCUACCACCUCCACACCCUCGUCCAUCUCUCCCUCCUCCACUGUGACAAUGACCAAGGCGUCAUCGGCUAUGGCCUCCUUUAUGUCCAACUCCCCACUGCGUGAAAACGCCCUCUCCGAUAUCUCCGACAUGCUUCGCAACCUAACAGAGAGUCACGCUUCCAAGUCAUCCACCCCCACCAGCCUGUCAGAGCGCUCUGACAUUGAGGGAGCCACCCUAGAUGAGACUGAGGAGAUCUCCCCGGUCCAGAAACGCAAGGGCAGGCAGUCCAACUGGAAUCCUCAACACCUGCUCAUCCUGCAGGCCCAGUUUGCCGCCAGUCUCCGGCAAACGGGUGACGGCAAGUACAUAAUGUCAGACCUCAGUCCCCAAGAGCGCAUGCACAUCUCCCGCUUCACCGGGCUCUCCAUGACGACCAUCAGCCACUGGCUUGCCAAUGUCAAGUACCAGCUCCGGAGAACCGGCGGCACCAAGUUCUUGAAGAACCUGGACUCGGGGCACCCUGUGUUCUUUUGCAGCGACUGUGCCUCGCAGAUCCGUUCUCCGUCCACGUAUGUCAGCCAUCUCGAGUCCCACCUGGGCUUCAGGCUCAGGGACCUGGCCAAACUCUCUGGCGAACAGUUUGCUAGCCAGAUCUCGCACCACACCAAGGGCCUCUCUGAAAAACUGCUGUCGGCCCAGGCCCAUGCCCUCACACAAUCCCUCUCCAGCCCCCUUGUGCACUCCCCUUCCCCAUCCCCUGAGGACGAGGGCAAUGGUGUCUCAUACCAGUGCAAACUGUGCAAUCGGACUUUUGCCAGCAAGCACGCAGUUAAGCUCCACCUGAGUAAGACCCAUGGGAAAUCUCCAGAGGACCACCUUCUGUAUGUGACUGAACUGGAAAAGCAGUAGCACUGUUUUUGGACAGACUGAGCUUGUUCUCUAUCUCUAUCGUUUCUCUCCUUGUUCUCUCUCUUUCUCUCUAUCUCUUUUGCCUUUUGACAGAUAUGUCUUAAAAAAGGACCUGAAAAUUAAUAUGAAAAACAAACUGCACAUUGAUGCCAUAAAACUACUGUUUAGUUUCGGCACAUGAUUUUGAAUUCCCCUCCUGAGAAAAAAAAAAUCCUCUGACCCAGAGACUUUAAUUUUCUUGUUUUUAAUUCUCUUCUUUUUACAAAAAGAGAUAAAAAAUAGAAAAAAAGAAAGGAUAAUUUUCUAAAUGUGCAGUCUUGACUAAAGAGGUGCUGUUGUCACUGGUUAAAAAUAUGAAGGUUUAAAAAAAAUAACUUUUAAAAAUGAAGUGAUAUGUAUUUGAAAGUUGUGUAAAUUGGUUUCAGUUAUUUUUUCUGUCGCAUCGCUGAGAUGCAGGAAGCUGCAUGCAUUGCUGAAACAGUUUAGUUGAAUAUUCGAUAACUAAAUCUGGUGCACUUUUCUGUUUCUCUUUUUUUCUUUUCUGUCGUUUACUUGUAUUUUUAUUUUCUAAUUCUUUAUUUUUCUUUAUUUACGUGAUCUAUAUGUGCUGGUGCAGCAGAUGAACUUUAACCCUCUGAGUACGCCCUAGCACUUCAACAUUCAAAAUCUAAACAUGAAGAGGUUAUGAGACUACAGGAUUUGGAAUAGGAUAGAUAAGAUGAUAUGAAUUUGGGACAAGCCAAAUUAUUUACCAAAUUUGUCUAAUCUGUCAUUAAUAUUGACUCCUUAUAUAUAAAUCAACUGUGUAUGAAGCAAAUUGUGCAAAUUGCAGCAUUUUAGUUCAUUUAAAUCAGGGGCCUUUAUGAAUUCAGGUCUAUGUAAAAAUUGUACAUAAAAACUAUAACUAAUUUCUGUCUAAAUUAUGCAUCAUUUUUAUAUUUUUUAAUUUAAGAGGAGUAUGACUAUCUACUGGUGCACAAUAUAUGAAGACAUUAAUGAAAUUGUUUUGCACAAUAGUUUUAUAAAUAUGUUAUUUAAUCAGAUGAUAUGAAACUGAGAGAAGAAGAAAGAAGAAACUCUUUUAUUUCCAUUUCGUGCUCAAAGGGUUAAACCUCUUGUGCAAGACUUGCUCCAACAUUUCUUGAACAUUACAAAAGAAAGGUUGUACAAAAAAGAUGUUACUUUAUAAAGCAAGGAGGGAAUUCCACAAUGUAACCUCUUAUUUAUAAGCAGUCUUGGUUGUUGUUUCAUAUUGUAGAAUGCCUUUUUGAUUGGUAACUUUUUUCCAUCUAAUUACUCUCCCAUAAUUCCACACUGCAGCUUUAUCUUUUGGGAGGUGGGGGUGGGGGGUAUGAAAGGUAACCAUGGUUACCCUACACUCCAAUUGACAGCUCUGCUACAUUUUUGGCAGUUAAUUUGCUGAAGUAACUGACAGCUGCCAGUGAAUGGGAAUCUUAUGUGUAAAAUAUUGGCAUGUAAACAGCACAGACACUGUUAUGCAUUCUGUGCCAUUGUUUUUGUUGUUGUUGACAAUGAAGCACCCAUUAUAUGACUUCAUAUAACCUUUUUUCUACUGCAGCAUUAAAAAUGAA